AUGCCAGAUACUACAGAGUCUUCACCUCCAUCACCGUCAUCGCAACCUGACAUUGUUCCGCGAUUCUACGGCAUGCCUCCCGAGUCCACAGGUGGAAACCCCACCACCAGCUCGCAUCGCCACCACCAUUACCUGCACCAGCAACGUCCCAUCCCCACCAUGGCCGGUUCGGAAUUAGGACACGAUGAUCUUCAUCUUGGGGGCAUGUUCCUGCCAAGCACCACCAGCGCCACCAGCGCCAACAAAGACCUUUCAGCGAACACAACCAGCUCCCCUUCUUCAUACCUGGGACCGAGUGGGAGCACCCCUCCUGAAAUGCUAGGAGAGAUGGGCACAGAGCCCACCUCAGUCUCGCUAGAGUCCUGGGUGGACUACGUGAUGGGGACCGGGCUGCUCGGCGACGACUGCUCUACACCGGCACUCUGUGACGACGAUAGUAGCCGGAUGGACUCGACUCAGAGCAGUGAAGAUAGCGAGAUGCAACUUGACGCUCCUCCUCCUCUUCCUCCCCUUGCCCUUCCCCCUCUGCCUCCUACCGCUACCACCACCACAGAUCCAAGGCUUACCCUCGACGAGUUGCAAGCAAGUCUCGAGUGGAACUGGAACCAGAUCCAAGACCAAAUCCCUGACAUGGAACUGUCCCUGACGCCGCCGGAUCGGGAAACGAUCAAGAGCAGGCGGACGAUGAUCCUGCAGCAGAUGCAGCCGGAGCAGAUCUCUCGCGUCAUGGAGUUUCUGCUCUCGUGGAACACGCCCAUUGACGUCAAGAUCGUGAACCAGGAGUGA